AUGUCGUCCUGGAACCUCCUGGACGAAAAGUCCGAGCACGAGCUGCACAAGAACCGGCUCCUAGCAGUGGAAGAGCGACCGUUCAAGCGCAUCAGCAAGAGGCUGGCGGCCGCGCCGUCGCUCGUGGCGACCGGGACGGCAGCGGACGACGACAGCGGCCGCAUCACAUCCUCGACGGCCAAGCAGCUAGAGGACGACUUCGCCCUGGACUUUGCCACGUUCGACAGCAGCCUGGUGCGCCUGCAGUUCCUCCACGACGCCAACGAGCGGGAGCGGGAGCGCUACCGCGGCGACCAGGAGCGCAUCCUGCAGGAGAGCCAGGCGGCCCGCGACACGAACGCCCAGCUGCGCGAGCACCUCGAGGCCGCGCGCGCCACGCUGGCCCAGCGGAAGCGCUUCGACGACAUGGCCAACCGGAUCACGUCGAACCGCCUGCUCCGCCCGCGCGACGAGCAGGUCGUCAACCUGGCCAAGCUCGAGGAGGAGUGCCGCGAGCUGGAGCGGGAGAGCGAGGCGUACAGCGUCACCUGGCGCGAGCGGAGGGACCAGUUCAACCGCAUCAUGGAGGAGGGCAUGCUCCUGCGCAGGCAGAUCCGCGACGAGAAGGAGGAGGUCGACCGCCGGGAGGGCAUGAUCGAGGGUGACGACGACGGCGCCGCCGGCGCCGCCGGCGCUGGCACCGGCACCGGCACCGACCACACGCCCCGACCGGACAACUACGACUCUCCGGUCCCUGCCAACGGCGACACGAGCGGCGCGUCCUCGCAGCCCAAGGGUGGCGAUUCCGCCCAUCUCCAUCCCAACGACGGGGGGUCCGCUUCCUUGUCGCGCAGCGUGAGCCGUCCGCCUAGUCGGGACCCGUCUGUGCCUCCUAGGGAAGAGGGCGAGGACGAGGACAUGGCCGACCAGAAGGAUUCAAGCCAAGGCCCGACUGGUGAUCGCAUGGACGUGGAUGCAUAG